AUGGCGUCCGGAGGUGGCUUCCUGGGUCUCAUAGCCUGCCUCUUGGUGUUUCAGUCAGAGCUCUGGGAGGCCUGGGCAGCUGCCGCUGUAUUCUCUACUGCUGAUUUCUCCUCAGGACACAGUGAGACCCCAAAGGUGGACCCACUGCCACCCAUGCAGGUGCAGGUGACCAGGAUGGCCCAUCAGGACCGAUCCUCUCCUUUCAAGCCGUUUUCCUUCGGCUGUGGCCAACCCCUGAUGAAAAUCAUGGGAGGUGUGGACGCUAAGGAGGGAAAGUGGCCCUGGCAGGUGAGCGUGCGGGUCAGACACAUGCAUGUCUGCGGAGGCUCCCUCAUCAGUGCCCAGUGGGUGCUGACUGCGGCCCACUGCAUUUACAGCCGAAUUGCGUACAAUGUCAAGAUGGGCGAUCGGAGCGUCUACCACGAAAACACAAGUCUGGUGAUUCCCAUCCAGAAAAUCGUUGUCCACCCCCAGUUCUCGUCAGCUACUGUUGUUAAAAACGACAUAGCCCUUCUCAAGCUCCAGCAUCCCGUGAACUUCACCUCUCAGAUUCACCCCAUCUGCAUCCCUCCAGAGAAUUUUUUUUUGGAAACUGGGACCAAGUGCUGGGUGACGGGAUGGGGCAAAAAAGACCCAGGAUCGGAUGUUCCAGCAGAAAUUCUCCAGGAGGUGGACCAAAAUAUCAUCCAUCAUGCCCAAUGCAAUGAGAUGUUGAAGACAGCCACAUCGGCUUCUAAUGACCUAGUCAAGAGAGGGAUGAUCUGUGCCUAUAAAGAUCAAGGAAAGGAUUCUUGCCAGGGAGAUUCUGGCGGCCCUUUGGUCUGUGAGUUUUUUGAUAAAUGGGUGCAGGUGGGCAUUGUGAGCUGGGGCAUUGGCUGUGGCCGCCGAGGACAUCCUGCAGUUUAUACCGACGUUGCCUUCUACAGCAAGUGGCUAACCGAGGUGGUGAACCAGGCCGCUUGCUUCUAUCCACGUGUCUUCCUCAUCUUACCGCUGUGUUCGCUGACCCUGUGA